CAGGAUAAAUCCACUGUUGCUCCAGGUGGGGUUUGAGGGCGAAACAGUGUCGCAGCUGUGACAGAGGCGUGCCUGGUGCUGGGGUAUUGGGGUAAGAGCCAGCUCUUCUUAGGGAGCUGAGCCAAAAGAGCCGAAUCUUUGAAAAGAGCUGGACUUCCCAUCACUGUUUGGGACAGCCAAUAGCUACUUUCUUUUCGGAAGAGAUGGCAAAACUGGCGGGAGUACUCAUUGUAGAGAUGGCGACAGAGCAGAAGAGCACGCAGGAGAUGGCGACAGAGCAGAAGAGCACGCAGGAGAUGGCGACAGAGCAGAAGAGCACGCAGGAGAUGGCGACAGAGCAGCAGGAGAUGGCGACAGAGCAGAAGAGCGCGCAGGAGAUGGCGACAGAGCAGGACAGCGCGCAGACAGAGCAGGACAGCGCGCAGGAGACGGCGACAGAGCAGGACAGCGCGCAGGAGAUGGCGACAGCGCAGAAGAGCGCGCAGGAGAUGGCGACAGCGCAGAAGAGCGCCCAGGAGGAUGAGGAUGGCUCUUCAUCCUCCACCGAGGACUCUGAGUCUGAGGAGGAGGACGAGGGCUCAGAGGUAGACCCAGACAAGCUGGAGUCAGAGUCCGACUCAUCUGAAGACUCAUCUGAAGAGGAGGACAGAGAGAAAAUGGAUGAACCGACGGCAGGGUGGACUUCAAAAAAUGGUAAAAUAGUUUGGUCUCCCACAAACGAUGAGACGCUGCGCUACGUCCCUCAAACCAAAGGUCGUUUGACCCCAGGGCCUACACACUAUGCCAUCGCCCGGAUCAGUGACCCGCUGUCCAGCUUUGCACUGCUGCUGACGGAUGAAAUCCUGCAGUAUAUCGUGGACAUGACAAACCUGCAGGGGAGACGCUCAGUCGCAGGCUGGCGAGAUGUGGACAAAGAGGAGCUGCAGGCGUACGUGGGAUUGCUCGUUUUGUCCGGUCUUUACAGGUCAAGGAAUGAAUCAACCCUCAGCCUGUGGGGCGAGAAAUGGGGACGGGCCAUUUUCCGGGCAACGAUGUCCCACAAAAGAUUUCACCACCUCAGCCGAGCGCUGCGCUUCGACAACGAGCAAUCCCGACGACGUUCACGUGAUGACAGGAUGGCUGCCUUCCGCAAAGUCUGGGAUAUGUGGACGCACCGCCUGCCGAUGCUGUUCAACCCAGACAGGGACAUCUGCGUGGAUGAACAGCUUGUCCCAUUCAAAGGCAAGUGCAGCUUCAGACAGUACAUGCCAAAAAAGCCGGCCAAAUAUGGCAUAAAGAUUUGGGCUACCUGUGAUGUCAAAACAUCCUACGCCUGGAGACUGCAGGUGUACACAGGCAAAGUAGGUGGCAAACCUGAAGUCAACCAGGGGAUGAGGGUGGUCCUGGAUAUGACACAGGGCCUUAAGGGAAACAUCAUUACCUGUGACAACUUUUUCACCUCCUUUGCACUGACAGAGGAGCUGCUCAAGAGGAAACUGGCCCUGGUUGGCACAAUUCGCCGAAACAAGCCUGAGCUUCCCCCUAAUCUGCUCCAGGCAAGAGCGGUCUUCUCCUCCAUGUUUGCUUUUACGAAGAACCACACACUGGUGUCUUACAUCCCCAAGCGGGGCAAGAAUGUGCUGCUCCUGAGCACCAAACACCGCAGUCCAGACAUCAGCGACGAAAUGAAGAAAAAGCCAAUCAUAAUCCAUGAUUACAACAGAUGCAAAGGAGGUGUUGACACCCUUGAUAAGGUUGUUGCCACCUACUCCUGCAGAAGGAAAACACAGAGUUGGCCACUGGCCCUCUUCCACAACCUGAUUGACGUUUCACUUUACAAUGCCUAUGUCCUGUGGAAAUCAGUCGACCCAUCCUGGCACCAGCAGAAGUCACACAGGAGGAGGCUCUACAUUCAAGAGGUGGGAGAAAUGCUGGUGACCCCACACAUCAAAAAGAGAGGGCGCCUUCCCCGCUCAUCAGCCGCGAAUGAAUUGGUCAAAAAUCUGCAUAUUGCUGCUGCAGGCCCCUCUCCCAUCAUUAAAGCUAAGGGCGGCAGGAGGCUGUGCAACCUUUGCACGGGUAAAAAGAAAAGGGUUUCAAAAUCCUGCGGCAAUUGUGGGAGGUUCACAUGCAAGGACCACCGUCUGAUCGUUUGCAGUGCCUGCUGCGUUUCACCUGAGUUCGAAUCCUAGACACAUACUCUCUCUCUCUCUCUCUCUCUCUCUCUCUCUCUCUCUCUCUCUCUCUCU